CAACUAAACACCUAAAGGUUGAAGUUGUGAAUCGUUAGAAAAGGUUUGAAUCGUCUAUACACUAGAACCCCAUGAUCUAUCUGUAUUGCGCGCUAAAUUUCCAUUUAUUAAUUGACUAUUUUUUAUUACUGAACAUCUGUUCUAAUAACAGGUCGUUGACUUGAAACAGGUGAGAAUUUAUUUUUAGAGAUGAUAUAAUUGUUUGUUGAUGAAGUUUGAUUGGUUGCAUGCUAUAGAUACUAUAUCUACAACUAUUCCUUUCAGAUCGACACGAUAUAGGUUUGCAAACACUACAUAGUUAAGUUCUGGGGUUCGCAGUGGGUUAAAAUUUACGCGAACUCUGGAAAAGAUUGGGAGUCUCACUUUGCGCGGAAGUGUUGGUGGCAGCUUUCAUUGUACUGUUUCAUCCAGACAUUAACAAGUCCAGUUCUGUGUGGAAAGUAUGUUUAGAUUAGCAUAACAAGAAAAAGUUCCAACGUAGCUGUUGUUUUCCCAGAGAGCUUGCUGGAAGACGUACAUUGCCUUCGUUGGAUAUUCCUCACAUUCCUUCGAGGAUGUAAACAACCUCAUCAGGCUUCAGCAAAGUUCUGUGAUUCGUCCGUCCGUUAUAAAAGAACCAACAAACCAAACACGACCCCCGGAAGAUCAAAGGAAUCAAGAGCUGAAGAGACUACUAAGUAUACCGAGGUUGGACAUCAGUAGCUUCAGUAUGGACAACAGAGCUUAUGAUCAGUCAGUGCCAGUAGAUCUUCGUAGAGGGGUUCCAAUGGAAUUGAUUCAAACUGAAAAUAUGAUGGAAUACGCUAAUGGACCAGUUCGACAAUAUGCAUCAAAAAAACUAUUUUCGGUGCAUGGAGACUUUUUGAAUGAAUGUUCGCAAGUAUCAAAGAUUAUAGAAGAUCUCUUGGGAGAUCUUGCCGAAGAUUUAGGCCUGAGGACUUCAACUGGCGAUCACGUUUCAGAGGAAGAACACUUUGGAAGGAUUAAUUCUCAAAAUGUGAACAAAUUUCGCGGAUUGAAUGUCGAGAUAAGAGACAAAGUCUUGCCCAUUGAAGAUAAUAAUAAUACCAGCGAAGCUCGAAAACAGAGAAUCGCAAAGUUUACUCUACCUCCAGACUACGAUCCAAAUAACUCAAAGUGGACCUUGAGGUAUCGCUAUCCAAAGCCAGAACUGAUAGAACUCUUACGCUAUAGUGGACUUUACGUCAACGCAGCAAAUCUCAAACAUUGCAAUGAAUCUGCGACGGAUUGCAAGUCAUUAGCGCAGUUGUUGAUGGUGGAAGUUUUCUCAGACAGCGCUCUCAAAGUCUGCUCGCUUACUGGAGCAAAAGCCAUUCGUUUUCGUGGCAUCAAGACAGACGUCAGACCCGGAUUAGAUAAAGACGCAAGAGCCAUUUUAGUAAGAUACGUGGAGAUAUAUGGAGAAAAGCAAGGAUGGUGUACUGAAGACCACAGGGCUAUUAUCAAUGCUAUGCGGAACAAGUUAUAUUCUUCGAGAAAGAAAGAUAGACAUCAUUUUUAAGCUACAUUCUGCAUAUGAAUUAAGUUAUCUUCAGUUCAUCCAAGGAACACGUGUCACAAGCAUUUGCAGCGACACCCACAAAAGAAUUUAGCGCUAACAAUUAUCGAACUUUAGAACAGUCUUGCGCAAGCUUUGUAAAAGAUUGUUAUAUAUGUAUUUAGUGUAGUUAUCUAUAGAGUAACGAAUCGUUAGUGUGUCAUGCGCAUGAAAUGAUUCUUGAAAAUACAGCGGAUAGUUCCAAAUAAGAUUAAGAUUAACGUUGAUAGUUAGUUGAUAUUUUUUAUAUGUAGUAGGUUAAGUAAAGUUAUAAACUGUAAAUCUAGUAGUUGGUGAUCGACGUCUUGAGCAUACGUCGCGCAUCACAUCUUUAAAUGACAUUUAACGUUUUCCGCGGCAAAUUAACAAGUACUUUCAUAUAUAUGAGAUUAUUGUAUCCUAACGCGCAAUGCAGCUGAUUUAAAAUAAUAACGGACGAAGAUUCUACUGAAAAACUCAAUUUAUAGAUCUUAUAUAUUGCAAGCCUUAAAAUCAUUAAGUAUGUAGAUAUGUAUCACUAGAGUCUAAAUCAAGAUUCCAACGUAUAUUUUUACUGUUUUUUUUUUAUAGUAUGGUUAGAUAAGUGUAUCAAAUUAAAAAUAAAUUAUUUAAAAAAUAACAAGGACUUGUCAUUUACCUGUGAUUUACCAGAGUGAUUCAUCAUUACUUAAUGGUAUUUAUCUGAUUCAUUAAGUUCAAUAU